AUUCAUAGUGCUGCUGCAAGCCGAUUGGAUGUUUUAGUGGGGACAGGAAAGAAAGGUCCUGAUCUCGGAGGGUUCUUGAGAAUGUGAGAAGAUAAUCUUCAUCACACCCAGAGCCGUACAGCCCUUGUGACGAGACCUACUGAAGAAAGGUGAAACCAUGGCGAUGUCAGUUGUGACCACUCAGCCUGGAAUGGCUCUGCUUGCACCAGGUGUGAAGACUGAGAUGUGGACCAGCGGAAUCUGUGAUUGCUUUGAAGACAUGCAGACCUGUUGUCUAGGGUUCUGGUGUCCGUGCUGCCUGGCGUGUCAGGUGACCUCAGGCUUUGGAGAGAGUCACUGUCUCCCCCUGCUGGACUGUAUCAGUGGUGGAAUGAUCUCUCCCACAACUCUGGCCCUCAGGAGCAGCUUGAGGGAGAGGUACCGCAUACAGGGCAGUAUUGCUGACGACUGCUGCAUGAUCUUCUGGUGCUCCAGCUGCAGCUGGUGUCAGAUGGCCCGCGAGCUCAAGGCUCGUCGCACUGCAGUCCAGCAGACCACCACCACCACCACCUUCUUGCACCAUGCCAGUCCAGGUGUAAUGUACCCCCCUCAGCAACCCUACGGCAUGCAAGCUACACCUGGCGCUGAACAGUGCGUGCCUUUGCUGGCAUGACAUGCUCCAAGCUAUGAGGAAAGGGGAAGGUUCUAGUCAGUCAGUGGAGUUCUCCAGUAGUUUCAUAUUUGUAGUGUAUUUGUAGUGAACCCAAACAAAACUUUCCUUUCAAAUGAUGCUACACUGUAGGCCUAUGCUACGCUAUGACGAACUGUAAACACAAAUUGAAAUAAAAGCUUUCUUGACAUUAAAGCCUA